CAAGGAAUUAAAAUGCAUUUUGCAUUUGUAAACAACCCACUGCGCUGUGCAAUACCAGAUUUCAUGAAUAAACAUAUAGAAAUGAAGAACGAUGGAUGUGUCAACACUGGGUAUGAUGAGCAGUUAAAUAAACAAAUAGAAACCAAUCACGAUGCCAACCAUGCGAACGUGUCGGAGACACCUGAGUACGGCAUCCAGUAUAAUUCUACUCAGGGACAAAUCUACAGUAUACCACCACCACCACCACCACCAGGCGUAAUGAUUUUAGACAAAGAUAUAAACAUGUUGAACAAUGGUAAUGGUAAUACAGGGUAUGAUAUGCAGUUUGAUAAACCAGGAGGGCCCAUUCACUAUACCCUGCAACCGAACGUGUCUGAGCUAAAUGGGUACAACAUGCAAUAUAAUUAUACCCAUGGUCAAAUCUACAGUAUACCCCCACCACAAGGCGUAAUGGUUACACAGCCGACUGACGUGGUUCCUGCGACUAAGACUCACCACACUUAUUGGUUGGUUCCAUCAGUCCUUGUGUGUUUGUUCUGUUUUUGGCCUACCGGACUUUUCGCCAUUAUGUAUUCAUCAAGGGCCAAACGAUCAGAAAGAAAAGGAGAUUUCGCAGGUGCCUCUUCCAAUGCCCAAAAAGCAAAGACAUUUGUGAUCGUUUCAAUCGUCUUAGGUGUCCUUGUACUCAUUGUCUACGGGAUUCGGUACUCUUAUUCUUCCUAAGCAUAAUGAAAGUUAUCCCUUACCAUUUUUGAGACUUGUAAACUGGGGUUCCGUGUCAUGGUAGGCGUUGGCGCAAUAAAGAACCCAAAGAGCUCAAUUGCCCUUCAACGGAAUGCGGUGAUCACUCUAUAUGCGUGAAAAAUUCUCGAAUGGGACAAAAGCAACAUUCAACUGCAUGAUUAAUUAAAUAAAAUAUUCUCUUAAGUUCU